AUGGACCAACCUAUUCCUCAUGUUAACAAAUCACCUUCGAACUCCCCUAAAAAGACAUAUGAAACUAAAUCUCCUACUAAAAACUCUAAAAUUAAGAUGAAAGUAUCAAAGAAAUCCAAUGACAUAGUGAAAACAUUGCAAAAGGCUACCGACACAUCUCUUGGAACCGCAAAAAAGAAUAUAACGAAUCAUCCCAGUCCUAAAAAAAGACCUAAAUCACCACAAAAAACAGUGAAACGAGUUAAAUCAGAUAAAACCAUUGAGACAUCUUUAACUAAUAGUUUUCUAACACUUCGUUUAAGUUUUUAUUUUACAAAAUGGAACAAAAAACUUGUUAGUGUGUUAAUAAAAAAGUCAAGAGAAUCAGUAAAUUCUAGCAUAGAAAGUAUUAAUCUUUCUCCAAUCAAAGAAAAAAGAGAUUUUAUUCCGAAACAAUCAAAAACAUCCAAAAAUGAAAUCAUAAUGCCAAAACAUAGACAAUCUACAGAAAGUAAGUCGCCCAGUAAAACUUUUUCAUUCAGAGCGACGAAAAAAGGAGUGCAAUUGUUUUAUUUCUUAAAGUGGAAAACUGCCUUCUUCAAUAGAUAUAUACAACGUGCUCUCAUAGAUUAUGGCACAGGAAUUGCAUUUUAUUACCCAACAAAAACAGAAUUAUUCUCGGAAGUCGAAAAGCAAUUAAGUCCUAAUAAUUCACCAAAGAAACAAAAUAACACUAGCAAUCAGUCAUUUUCUAGCCUCAUUCCUAUUAAGAAAUCAAAUAUUACUCGAAAAUAUUCACAAUCUGUUUCAAAAACUCCUGAUAUUAAACAUAAAAAAUUAUUACCAGAUCAACAAAGCAAGUCUAUUCAAUAUACUCCUAAAGGUAAGAAGAAAACACAAACUCCUCAAAAGAAAUCUUCAGAUCAUUUCAUCACACCACCUAGGAAACGUCCAAUUCCAAAAGUAUUUGAUGAUGAGAAAUAUCCUAAUGGAUCUCCUCAUAUGCCACGACCUAAAGAAUGGUGUCCACCAGAAUUUGAUAUUUCUCAUAAACCAAAGAAUGAAAAACACGAUUCAAACCAGGGUGAAUCUAAUUCUCAACAAUUUCAAUCAAAAGAGCCUAAAAUUCCACACGUUUUCUCCACAGAAGAAUUUUAUUUACUUGAUAGACGUCCCCCUAUUCUUGAUAUUAGAAUUAAUAAGUCAUCGGAUGAAUAUAGCUCUCCAGACACAUCAACUAUUUCUAUAUCAGAUCAAACAAGCGAAAUUAAAAUGAUGAGCUCAUCAAUAAUUGAAUCAAUUCCGGAUUAUUUACCGACAUUAGAUUCAGAAAUUGAUGAAUCAAUUAAUACAAUCGUUUCUCCAGAACUUCCUCAAUCUAAUUUAAUAGAUUAUCCACAAUUCAAACAGAAACUUCCCAAAUUUAAAGUUCCGAAAUCAGAUACUGAUAUCAUUAAAUUCCUUGACUCUAGUAUUACUCACGAUAUCUGGAAGAAUGUUGUUCGUAAAGGUGAAUUUAUUAUUUUGGAUGAACAGAUUGAAAGACCAAGGAAGAUUCCUUUUGAAUAUGCAGCCUUGAUAAUUGAUAUUGCUAAUGAGACAAUUUGCAAGUAUGAUAUAAAUGGUAUUUCACGUGAAAGAUUUGUCUAUUUCGUCGGAUCUUUAUUUGGCGAAAGAACAAUAACACGAGAAAAUGCAAUACCAACACUAGUAACAAAUUGUCGUGAGAUUCUACAGAAUGAAUUCAUUUCAUUCUCCAUUAAUUUUGCUGAUGAACUUCUUGAACUUCAUUUUAAUAAUAUUUUUGUAUAA